UCUGCUUCGCCGGCUCACACUUCCAUCACCAUCUCCCCCAACCCCUCUGUUUUUGACACUUCUUCCGACACCCUUCUGACACCUAUACGCAUACGUGUUGUAGAAAUCCCAGGAUGACGUCCAGUAGACCAGCAAAUCCCCCCAAUCUGGACAAUAUGCCCGUAGAACUGUUCUGGCAGAUGGCCGAGCACCUCCCGGUUGAAGCCCUGACCAGCCUGCGCACAGUAUCCCGGGGAGUCAGCGCGAGAGCACUGCAGCCCUUCGCGCAGUGUGGCUUGAGCACCGUGUCGAUGACCCUCGAUGCCCAGGGCUACGGCAAGUUGGACGAGAUUGCCAACCACGAGUUCUACCAGAAAUUCCCCCAGCGGCUGGCCAUGUAUCCGCCCGACGGCCCGUGCGACUGGACGAACGCGACGCUGUGCAAGCUGGGCCAGACCCUGGAGCACCAGCUGGCGCAGUGCCGGGAGGUCGUGCUCUACUACGGCAUGCCGGACCCGGCGGACCGCCUGGAAGACAUGCUGGGCCUGCACGUGCUGUGCCGCAUGCUGGCCGCCGGCCAGAUCCAUCUGCACCGCCUGGUGCUGUUCCAGCGGCAGGCCCCCGAGCGCCGCGCCGCGCUCGAGCUCCUCGCCUGGCCCCGGCCGUACCUACCGCCGAACAUCGCGAGCAUCUGGGCCGAGCUGCGCCAGCUGCACGUCUACGAGCCCGAGGACAACGCAGCCAUCGACUACGUGCGGGCGCUGCUGCCGACGAUCCUGCAGAACGCGCCGCAGCUCGAGGAUUUCAAGCACGUGGUCUCGCCGCGGCUGUUCCUCCGUGACUACGUGAUUCCGGUGCGCUGCGCGAUCUGGGCCGGUGAGGAUGCGUCGGUUGUGCGGGCCCCGGCGCCGCUCAAGCGGGUGGAGGUCGCGGGCACGUACAUCAACCUCGCGGACCUGAUGGGGUUUUUGGCAAGGUACGGCCCGACGCUGGAGCGCGUGCAGAUCUGCGUGACGUACGCCCACGGCAGCAGUGCGCGGUGGUCGGAGGUGCUGGCGCAUAUGAAGGAGGUCUGUCCCGUGCUGCGGUAUGUGUCGGUCGUGACGUGCCGGCGGUCGCUGGGCUGCGUGGAGUCGGAGGACCGGGGCCGCAUGUUGGAGGCAUUGGAUCGGAUGAUUGAGAUGGCGGAACAGGCGGGGAUUUAGGUUAUCCUGUUGCUCUGCUCUGCUCUACUCUGCUCUGCUCUCGGUGUUGAGGCGCACGUAUGGAUCGGGUGUAGAUCGUAGAUUGUAUCACUUUCUAUCACCGUAUUCCAUCCCUCAUAAGUAAGCUCAACAUGAUUGCGACUGACCCAUAGCUCGUUCUCUUAUUAAGUAUUGAAUUAUAAAUCCUCGCUCCUUUCGCCA